UUCAAUCAUUUUUGCUUUGCAUAUUUUUUUUUGAGUGAUUGUUUUUGACAUUGUAAUUUUUGUAUUUUUCAUUAAGUUUUGUUUUGUAUAUUUUGCAUAUAAACUGGAGAGCUGACUUUUGUAUACUUUCAGCUCCAAUGGAAGGAGGUAUUUUUUGUAGUUGCAAUAUUAAUUAAUAAGUGAGCUAUACUGUAAAUAUGAUUAAUUACAGUAUAAGCCUGUUUGACUGUUUUCUUAGUUUUGAUGACAUAUUAAAACCUUUUCUCUUUGUCCCAUUUAGAAGUUGAAGGCCUAAAGUGGUGUUGGCUGGGUACCUUUGAUGAAAGUGGAUACAAUGGAUUCCGUAGAUACUACCACCACCAGCCUUGACUCAACCCCGUACACCUAUGAUUAUGACUACGAUGAACUCUGCAACAAAACAGGUGUCAUCCAGUUUGGAGCGAUCUUCACUCCAGUGUUUUUCUCCAUUGUGGUGAUCCUCAGCAUCUUUGGCAACAUCCUGGUCCUCGUGGUGCUGGUCAAGUUUGAGAAUUUGAAAUCCCUCAUCAACACCUUCAUCCUGAAUCUGGCUGUAUCAGAUCUCUUCUUCACAGCUUCUCUGCCCUUCUGGGCUGACUACAACAUGCACGGAUGGACCUUAGGGGAGCAUGCAUGCAAAAUAGUGAACUUUAUCUUCUGCCUUGGAUUCUACAGCAGCGGUAUCCUCCUCAUCCUGAUGACUGCUCACUGUUAUGGAUCAUUCUAAAGCCUCUGUCUGACAUUAUUUCAACUGCAGGUUUUUACAGUAUUGAAGCAUCUGUGAUCAUUUGGGUAGUUAGCAUCCUGGUUUCCAGUCUAGCCUUCGCUGCCAGCAAAGUUGCAGAGUCAAAGUACUGUGUAUAUGCA